AUCACGCCGGUUUGGCGUGGAACGUCACGCCAUCACCGUCGCUCCUCGUCGCUGACGCGAGUUCUCUGAUCGACGUGACGUUCGAGAGCGACGACGACGACGACGACGACGACGACGACGACGGCGACAGCAACGACGGCGACGGCGACGACGCGACGGUUGGUGUGGCCGUGAAGCGGAGCGUAACUCGUGCAUCGCAAAGUCCUCUCAAAGAUAGCUCGUUGCAAAUGUCGAGUCGAAAAUAUAGCGCGUUGUAACAUGUUGCCAAUAGAUCAACGUGUCUUAGGAGUAGUUGACGCAAGAAGCUGCGAGGAAUGUCACGAUAAAAACGGGAGAGAGAGAUCGAUAACGUUUAGAUAAUUAAUUAUUUAUCGUAUGCGUUUACAUAACGCGAUAUUCUCCGGGUUCGCUGUUGUUUGAAAGCUAAUAGUCGAUGAAUGAUUUAGAUGCCGGGUGCUAUCGUAUCCGCGCAUUGUUAUCAAAAUACGAAUUGUAAAUGUGUGUAAUGUACUUUUAUACUUGUUGCUUUGCAAUGUUUCAACUAUAACUAAUAUAUUAUUCCUUGUUUAUUAGAUUUCAUUUUAUGAAAAGCAAACAGAUGAUGUAAAAUAGAAUAUGAAGUUGUAUUUAAUACAGUCCUACAAAUACAUUAUUUAUCAUAACAGAGGGAUCUGAGGUGGUCUAUUCUAAGCAAUGAGUCCACAUAGCCAAAAGAACAAUUUAACUCCAAAAGACAUGCAGUCUAACGGAUACUCUGCUGGCAAUACCAUGGCCACAGAAGCAAGGAAUCAUUCAUCUCCUUGUGAGUCAGUGGAUUCAAUGCCUUGGUUUGGGAUGGAUAUCGGUGGUACAUUGUGCAAAUUAGUGUACUUUGAGCCAAAGGAUAUAACGAGAGAUGAGGCAGAUGCAGAAGUUGAGACAUUGAAAAAUAUUCGUCGAUAUCUCACUAAAAAUUCGGCAUAUGGAAAAACUGGUCAUCGUGAUACGCAUUUACAAAUGGAUAAUGCCUGCAUUAGAAACAGACGAGGAACGUUACAUUUCAUUAGAUUUCCCACAUGUGAAAUGGGAAAUUUUUUAGCACUAGCAAAGUCAAAAGGUAUGGCGAAUCUUGUGACUACUGUUUGUGCGACUGGUGGUGGUGCUUUUAAAUUCGAAGAUAAUUUCAAACAGGAAGUAAAUAUGAAUUUGGCAAAGUUCGAUGAAUUAGAUAGUUUAAUACGCGGAAUGCUCUAUAUAGAAACUACGAAUCCACAUGAAUGCUAUUAUUGGGCGGAUCCUACCGAUGAUAGUAAAUGCCAAAAAGUACCCUACGACUUUUCUGAACCAUAUCCUUUUUUGCUUGUUAAUAUAGGCUCUGGAGUAAGCAUACUAGCUGUAUACGGACCAGAAAAUUAUAAAAGAAUAUCUGGGACAAGUUUAGGUGGUGGUACAUUCUUGGGAUUAUGUUGUCUGCUUACCGGAUGCAACACGUUUGAAGAAGCAAUAGGGUUAGCAACGGGCGGCGAUAAUACAAGAGUGGAUAAAUUGGUUAAGGAUAUAUACGGCGGUGAUUAUGGUCCUUUUGGUCUUCCUGGAGAUUUAGUUGCCAGCAGUUUUGGACAAAUGAAUUCCAAAGAUCGCAGAAAUACUGUCACAAAGGAAGAUCUAGCGCGUGCAACUCUUGUUACUAUCACAAAUAACAUCGGUUCUAUUGCGCGUAUGUGUGCUGUUAAUGAAAAAAUUGAAAGGGUUGUAUUUGUAGGGAAUUUUCUUAGGGUAAAUCCCAUAUCGAUGAAGUUGUUGGCCUAUGCUAUGGAUUAUUGGUCUAAAGGAACUUUGAAAGCCCUGUUUUUGGAACAUGAAGGUUACUUCGGCGCGGUAGGAUGCCUAUUACAAUUUAAUGGUGAAUCAAGCUAAACAAAACGUUGGGGAAAUAGUCAUAUAACAUACAGCAUUCCAUACGACCAACUUCGCAGAACAUUUCUAGAGUGAACAAGAUUGUUUUACGUGAUCAUAUUUAUUUUUGUUAUAUUCUUUUUAAUUAUUCAUGAAUCUACAAUCUAUUGAAUAAUUGUUUAUUAUACUGAAACGGAAAAAUCUUGAUAUUUAAGUAGUAGGAUUAAGGGGAUAUUUAUCAAGUGUCAUUGUAUAAUUUAUCACUAUUUUUUGAAUGUAGGAAAAAAAUAAUUGUGUCAAAAUAUUUCUUUUCUUUUUGGUCGGAGGGUAAUUAUGUCGAUAUAAUUGUUCAAUUACGAGCACAAAUCUAACACGACUCGGCAGAUAGAAUCGCUAAUGGACCAAAUCCAGAGGGAUUAAGGAUUGCCUCUCCUUCCGAUGUUCGUUACAUGCCGUAUAGACUAGUUCUACCUCAUAAUUUAUAUUGUAAAGUUUUUCUACAAAUGUGCACAGGUUUUUAUGUAUAUAAGUAAUGUGGUAAUCGUUAUCACACUUGCACAUCUUUUCGUAAAUUUAUAAUCGAAUAGGAUCAUUGUAACGGGAAAUACUUUCGCACUAAUUGUUAAUAUUUAUAGUUGUGUUAUUAAUGCAUUGCGUGUGAACAAAAUGAAGUUUUAAUUGAAUAUUCAUGUAUUUUUUAAACAAAACAUUAUUCAUUCGCAUGUUGCUAAUCUGACAAUUCCAUAAAUUAAACAUUUUUUAUAUCACACCAGAGAGGUAUCUGUAAUGUAAAAUAUAUACGUCAGUAUAUUGCGAAAUAACUUAGUACUCUAAGUUGUCAAAGAUGUAUCAAAUAUUAAAUAUUGUUUUUUAAGAAAUAUGUAAUAAUGCGAAUGAAUAAAAAUGUAUUAUUGAAAUAUUGAUAUUAUCGCACAUAAAACAUACAUAUUGUUUUAGAAAAUAAUAAUUGUGACAUAUCUUUUGUUUUAACUAUUGUGACAAAUUAAUAAAAUUUUGAAUAUAUUAUUUAUAAUUUAUCGAAUAAUUUGACAUUAUUACAAGAGCGUAUCCUUGUACAAAUGAAUAGCUUAUUUCUGUUGCAAUGUAAUGUGGAAGCAUGCCAAACAAAUUUUAAUACAAUAAAAUAUCAUUUUAAUAUA